GGAUCCUUUGUAUCCAUGCUGGCUGAGAGUAUGCGUGGAAUCUGUGUUUCGGAACAUAGACACUGGCAUUCUGAGCAGAAAAUGGAAUGGGAAAACAGCAAGCUAUGUUAUUCUCUACUGCCUCCCUGUGUUUGUUCUUCAACUUAUUCUUAUUUUGAUUGCACCAGAGUUACGCAAGGAUAGAAGAGAAUUAUCGCCAUAUUUCACAAGGGUAGUUGUUCGAGUGAUGCAGAAUUCUGAUGACAUUGCUCUUUGCACUUACCCUUUAUUGAAUACUAUUCUUCUAGGGCUUUUUGCCAUCAUCUUGACCACCUACUUGUUCUGGCUUGGAAGGCGGAUUUUGCAAUUGAUUAUCAAUAGGGGUUUGCAGAAGAGAGUUUACACAUUAAUUUUCUCGGUUUUGAGUUUACUUCAAUUAAGGGUUGUUUUACUUGGACUAUCUGUUUUAUCUAAACCAGAACAAUUUAUGUUUGAAGCUCUUACCUUCUCAGCUUUUCUUGCCCAACUAUUUUGUGCUGGGGUCUGCAUUUGCAUACUUGUCUGCUACCCGGUUAAGGAUUGUCUAGCCCUGAGGAAUCUUCAUGACUUGGAGGCUAGGCGGAGGGCUUUUCUUGAUGUUCAAAAUGACACUGUUUCUCUCAUCCCUCAUCAGAGCCACCCCGAAGGAAGUACCGGAAUUAGCAGCGAGAGGAGUUUUGAUGCUUCUACCUCACCUGUGGCAUUGGUUCAACUCUGCCGCUUCUCUCCUAGCUGAGAUGCUAUCCCACCAGCACCACCACUUCUUCCCGUGGCCAUGUAUCAUCUAGAAAGUCAGCAAAAAGAAACUGAGCAGUUGCAAAGAACAUCGAUUUUGUGGCUAAGUAAGCAAGAAGAAACCAAGUAGGUUUUCUUUUUCUUCUAAAUUUAGAUAUGAUGGUUUUGCUGGAUGCAAUCUAUAACCCGAAUCCCCUUUUGUAACAUUAUUUUUAACCUGCAUCCGUUGGGUUCAAAAUUACGAAUUCUUUUGCUAUGUUGUAAUUUUGAGUUGAUAGUUGGUAUGGUAAAUUUACAAAUGUGUUGAAAAACAUUCGUCA